AAAAAUUAUAAAAAGUUUGCUCCUUUUUAUCAUUUCCUUCUCUCUUUCCAAUUAUAUACAAAAGGUGUGAUCCUCUUCAAGGGGGGACUUUCGUGGCAGCUCUCACGUACAUUCGCACCGAUCAAUCACACUCCGAUUUCGAUCCUCAACGAUGGGGGUUCCAUUAGUUUGUCACGGGCAUUCUCGUCCCGUCGUCGAUGUGGCGUACAGCCCGAUUACUCCAGACGGGUUCUUUCUCAUUAGCGCCAGCAAAGAUUCGGUCCCGAUGUUGAGGAAUGGGGAGACAGGUGAUUGGAUAGGGACUUUUGAAGGACACAAAGGAGCAGUUUGGAGUUGUAGCCUUGAUAAACAUGCUAUGCGUGCUGCCUCUGCCUCUGCUGAUUUCACUGCGAAGAUAUGGAAUGCAUUGACUGGAAAUGAGUUGCACUCCUUUGAACACAAGCACAUUGUUCGUGCAUGUGCCUUCUCACAGGACACUCACCGUUUUCUGACUGGUGGAAUGGAGAAAAUUCUUCGGAUAUUCGAUAUGAAUCGGCCAGACGCGCCUCCAAAAGAAGUAGGAACUCCUCCUGGUUCUAUCAGAACCGUUGAAUGGCUUCAUAGUGAUAAUACUAUCUUAAGCUCUUGCACAGACACCGGUGACAUUAGGUUAUGGGACAUAAGAAGCGACAAGAUUGUUCAAACAUUAGAAACCAAGUUCCCAGUUACAAGUGCUGAAGUAAGUCAGGAUGGGAAAUACAUAACUACUGCUGAUGGAUCUAGUGUUAAGUUUUGGGACGCCAAUAAUUUUGGAUUGGUGAAGAGCUAUGAGAUGCCUUGCAACGUUGAAUCAGCAUCCUUGGAACCGAAAAACGGGAACACUUUCAUUGCCGGAGGAGAAGAUAUGUGGGUACACAGGUUUGAUUUCCAGACCGGAGAAGAGAUUGGGUGUAACAAGGGUCAUCACGGACCAGUGCACUGCGUGAGGUAUGCGCCAGGAGGUGAUUCAUACACGUCAGGCUCAGAAGACGGGACGGUGAGAAUAUGGGAGGUGAAUACAGUGAACCAUGAGGAGAAGGAGAGCAACAAUCUGAGCGGUCACGUGAAGCUUGUGGCAGAGGAAGUUGUGCGUAAAGCUGAAAGUCUGCGUAUCACUGAGAAAGCCACAGAAGCUGCUAAAUGAAACAUCGGUUUAGCUUAUGAUAAUACCACAUAUAGAUUCAUAGUUGUUUUUUUGCAUCACCUGUAAGAUGUGACAGAGAGUUUUUUUUUCUUUUAAUUGACUCUCUGACAAAAUAAAACGAACAUAUUAUUUGACAA